UUGGAAGACAAAGACCAAGGAGGAAGAGUAAAUUAAAUGCAAUGAAAUGAUGACCAGCCAGUCUGAAGGCAAACUUUCGACUACUCAAGAACACUCAAUAAACCAUCCACCAUCUUUUCUGACCAGGAUUGAAAAACGUGGCAGUGGGGUGUUACCAAAAUCAAGUGGCAAGCAGGCUGCAUUUGUUUCUCUGGAGGUCACAGGUAAGGCAAGUUUUCUCUGGAAGACAGGUGAGUAGCCUCAAUUGCAAGCUAGAUCUUACCCACGCCAAGGACAUAACUCAGGUGGAUCUGCAGGGACUUUGGCUCUCCUUCUUUCCUUCCUAGGCAUUCCUGCCCUUAUAUGGCAAAAGCUGGUGGCGACAGAGGGAAGGAAGGGACAAAGGUCGUCCUGGCACUUCCUCUGUUCAGGCACACUCUUUCUCCAAGGUGCUGCGUGCCCACUAAGCAGACACAACAGCCAAGCUACAAAGGAUUAGUCACCAUGCCGGAACUUAAUACCAAAGUCACCAAGACUCUGAACAAAACCACACCUGGACUUCAAAUAUGGAGAAUUGAGAACAUGGAGAUGGUGCCCAUACCACCCAAGACCUACGGGAACUUCUAUGAAGGGGAUGCCUAUAUUGUGCUUGCGACACACAAGAUUCAGAAUACAUUCACCUAUGACAUCCAUUUCUGGCUGGGCAGUUCAUCAUCUCAGGAUGAACAAGGUGCAGCUGCCAUCUACACAACACAAAUGGAUGAGCACCUGGGUGGAGUUGCUGUACAGUACCGUGAGAUUCAAAGUUAUGAGAGUGACACAUUUCGGAGUCACUUCAAGCAAGGCCUUGUCUAUAAGAAGGGUGGUGUGGCCUCGGGCAUGAAACAUGUGGAAACCAACACGUACAAUGUGCAACGGCUACUGCAUGUCAAGGGGAAGAAAAAUGUGGUGGCUGGAGAGGUGGAGAUGAACUGGAACAGCUUCAAUUUGGGAGAUGUCUUCCUGUUGGACUUGGGGAAGCUCAUCAUCCAGUGGAAUGGGCCUGAAAGCAACCGCUUGGAACGGCUGAAGGGCAUGAAUCUAGCCAAGGACAUUCGUGACCGAGAGCGUGGUGGCCGAGCACAGGUGGCUAUAGUGGAUGGUGAAAAUGAAGAUGCAUCUCCUGCACUCAUGAAAAUCAUGUUCUAUAUGCUUGGAGAGAAGAGGAACAUCCAACCGGCCAUUUCAGAUGAAGUAGUGGACCAGAAACUGAAAUCCUCUCUGAAGCUCUACCAUGUCUCUGAUGUAGAAGGGAAUCUACUUGUGCAGGAAGUUGCUAUCCAGCCUCUUACCCAAGACCUCCUGAAGCAUGAGGAUUGCUAUAUCUUGGACCAAGGUGGUAUGAAGAUCUUCGUGUGGAAGGGCAAACACUCCAGCAAGGAAGAGAGGCAGCAGGCCCUGUCAAGGGCCUUGGGUUUCAUCAAAGCAAAAAACUACUCACCUACCACUAGUGUGGAGACUGAAAAUGAUGGCGCUGAAUCGGCUGUUUUCAGGCAGCUGUUUCAGAAAUGGACAGUUCACAAUCAAACCACUGGCAUUGGCAAAACUCAUACAAUUGGAAAAAUAGCCAAGGUGGAGCAGGUGAAGUUUGAUGCCAAUAGUUUGCAUGCCAGGCCAGAUCUGGCUGCCCAGCACAAGAUGGUUGAUGAUGGUUCUGGAGAGACACAGGUUUGGAGAAUUGAGAACUUAGAACUAGCACCAGUAGAGGGUCGCAACUUCGGGCAUUUCUACAGUGGUGACUGCUACCUUAUCCUCUACAAAUAUUUAGUUUAUAACAAGAUACACUACAUCAUUUACAUUUGGCAGGGCCGUCACGCCACCAAGGAUGAGAUUACUGCCUCUGCCUACCAAGCUGUCACUCUGGACCAAACAUAUAAUGGUGAGCCUGUGCAGGUGCGAGUCACCAUGGGCAAGGAACCUGCUCAUCUAAUGGCCAUUUUCAAAGGACGCAUGGUAGUGUAUGCGGGUGGCACUUCCCGAUCUGAUAAUACAGAACCAGAACCUCCCACCCGUCUUUUCCAAGUUCAUGGGAUUAAUGAAUACAACACCAAGGCUUUGGAGGUGUCUCCCACGGCCUCCUCCCUCAAUUCCAAUGAUGUCUUCAUUCUUAAAACCCAGAGUUGCUGUUACCUCUGGUAUGGUAAGGGCUGCAGUGGGGACGAGCGAGAGAUGGCCAAGAGUGUUUCCGACCUGAUCUCCAGGACAGAGAAAGUUGUGGUAGCAGAAGGCCAGGAGCCUGCAGCGUUCUGGGUUGCACUAGGUGGAAAGUCUCAGUAUGCCAACAACAAAAGAUUGCAAGAAGAAACUAUUUCGAUCACGCCUCGGCUUUUUGAGUGUUCCAAUAAGACAGGCAAGUUCCUUGCCACGGAGAUCACCAGUUUUACUCAGGAUGAUCUAGAACAAGAUGACGUGUUCUUGCUGGAUGCCUGGGACCAGGUUUAUUUCUGGAUUGGUAAAGAUGCAAAUGAGGCUGAGAAAGAAGCAGCAGCUGUCACUGCCCAAGAAUACCUGAAGACUCACCCAGGCAGUCGGGACCCUGACACUCCAAUUGUGAUUGUGAAACAAGGCAAUGAACCUCCAACAUUCACUGGCUGGUUUGUAGCAUGGGAUCCUCUCAAAUGGACAGGCAAGAAAACCUAUGAAGAACUGAAAGCUGAACUUGCCAAUGAUGAUAGCCUUGACCAACUCACUUCUGAAAUCUUGGAAGGAAAAGAAGUUUUUACUGCCAAGACAACUUUUGGCAAGUUGUCAUUCUCUACAUACCCCUUGGAGAAAUUGGUGAAUGUAGCUGGAGAAGACCUUCCCAAGGACAUAGAUCCCAGCCGGAAGGAGCAAUACUUGUCAGAGGAAGAUUUUUUUCAGAUCUUUGGAAUGUCCCAACAGGAUUUUGCUGCACUGCCUCUGUGGAAACAAACAUCUCUCAAGAAGGCAAAAGGACUUUUCUAAAUGGAAAUUUACCUGCCAUUAUUUUCCAGCCAUUUGCAGACCUUAAUGUCAUUUUUGGUAACAGCUCGGUAACAGAAGCAUUCAGAAUUUUCUACCACUAGCAGUUUUGCAAAGACAAAAGGGUUUCUUUUUUUAAAAAAAAUGUAGAUGAUUUUAGUGCAGAUCCAGAACAGCUGCUUUAACAUACUUUCCUCCAGUUAUGAAGCUGCCCAAAACUAUGUUGAAAUUGUUUACUCUUUCCCAAUACCCAAGAGUUCCAAUCUGACUUAGUGACAAAGCUGGCAAAUGGGGCUGCCCUAACAACACUAUUGUGGAACAGAUGCAGGAAAGUAAUUGGUGGAUUUCCUGCUAGUGGAAGGCAAAAAACAACAACAACCCCCACCAUUUUUCUUAAAAGGAGGUUGGGCUGGUUUUUGAAUGAGACCCAUACAUUUUGCUAUCUAGCAGAACCUGACUUUUUGGGUGACAAUUUUCCAACUCCCCUCUUUUUAUAGGGAACCUCUAUUUGCACCAUAGGACAGGUGUGCCAACCCUCCACCCACCCAUGAUUGCUCUUGUUCAUCUCCCUUUUGCCCAUGCUCUCUUGCUCACUCGGUCUCUCCACUGUGUCUCUUUCUCACACUCCAGUGACUCUCAAUUAUUUUGUCUAAUCUGGGGAAACUCCCUGGGUGAACCAGUGCUACUUUUCUGAUCAACUGCCCUUGAAAGAUUUUCCUGCUUAGAAUUAAAAAAAAACAUUUUGGACAAAAAUCUUUCAAGCAAGGACAUUGCAAUCUUGCAACCUGGCCAGAAAUGACUUAAAAGCAGCUAAUUUAUACUGCUUAAAAACACAGCUUUGCCAAUAGAAGUAAAUAUAAGAGCUCUAGGAUUAUUGUCUCUCCAAGCUUGCCUUAAUCUGUUUUUAUCUAUGAUCCUAGCUGUCUACAUGAUUAUAGUUAAGAGUUUUCAAUUGCCAAUGAAUAUGCCUCCAAAAUAGGCUUUGAGGUGACCCAUAAAGCAGAAGGCAUUCCAGAUGGAACCACUGUUCUCUUAUGAAAUGUAUCCCAGUACAAAUAAAACUUAUUCCUGCAAAAUGAGGAGUUAUCCUUGUUUGUAAACAGCAAGUUAUCACAUUAUUACGUCAAUUCACUGCUAAUGGACAUUUCUUUUCCAUAAUAAAGUUUAGCAUCUUUUUAAAUAUACAGUGAUAUCUUCUCCAACAUGGUUAUGCACUUUUAAAACAAACAAGAACAAAUUUUAAAUUAAUAAAAAUGUGGAAUAUCUAAGCAAAAUCAACGUGAAAAAAUACCAUGAUUUUUGUAGUGCCAAUUUUGUGGAAGAAAAACAGUAAUCAAAUAGCAGCAAGGACAAUAGAAAAGUAGCAAGGCACUGCAUUGCUCUGGAAAGAAAAAUCAGAUUCGGCAUUCAUAAAGAGCGUUUAAUUUCUCAGAAAUUGAUCUACACAUUAUUUAAAAAGAAAGAAUAAAAGCAGAAUUGUGAGGAAUAGAAGAACAGGUCUGCUAAAACACAGAAAACUGCUGCUCCACAUUAUGUCAAGGGAUACAAAGCGAUUCCCAACAUAUAAUUAUCAAAGCAAUCUUCUCAAUGCAGCUGCUAGGGUACCCUUGUCAUUUUUAUUUAUUCCCUUCCACCAAGAUUUUACAAAGUAACUUCUUAAAGUAAAAGCAAAGGAGUAGGUUACUGCUGCAGGUCAACAGCAAAGUGUUAUGGAUUUUCUUUGAUUUCCAUUCAUGGGCUAUGAAUUUUCUAUUUCGGGUUUUAAAAAGCACCCAACUAUUCUUUUUCAGAAACACAUGGCAAUCUUAUUCCCAGAAUAAUUCACUUCAUGGUGAAAUAUUAAUUUAUGCAAUUUUAAAACAAUUACUCUGCCUUUUACUUAGUUGCAAUGCGAGCAGCUUUCUCUUAGCACAUCUAGCAACAGAGACCCAUAAUAUACAGCGCCAUUCUUGAAUGCUGUCAGGUCCUCGGGAAGUGAAAAGGCAGUUCAGAAUAGAGAAAUGUCCCUGAAACCUUUGUACCUUGUCACAGAUAUGAAUAUUAGGCUUCAUCCAAAUAGCAGCAAUGCUGCUUAAUAUUCUAUAAUUGCAGACUUGCAUUUCCUUAGAACGGUAGAGGCAUAAAUGCUUGGUGAUUCUAAAGUUUUUUUUUUAAAGUAAACUACCAGAGCUACCUUUUAAAUUCACAUAUAUACACGUUUCAUUUUACUUUUCAGAAGAAUUUAGUUACUUAGUGCAAACAUGUUAUGGCUAUUUCUCGUAUAAAAAAUAAGUGCAGAAAAAGGUUUGACAGAUAUAAGAAGAAGGAAGAGAGGAAUUUAAAAUAUGCUGAAGUUCAUCCACUACUGGAUGAAUUUAUGGUUAAAGCUAGGCCUCACUUCAAAAUCUAAAAUCAGUAAUCCUAGAAUUAAGAUAUCUAGAGGUGUGCCAUAUCAUGCUGUUCCAGAAAUAUAGUAUAACUAAAUCCAAUUCCUUUUUUAAACAAGAAUUUUUUUAAAAAUACCAGCAGUUGCAGUUCAGGUUCCCCAGAGAUUUUCUAGGGUCCUUGGUAUAAUUUCUCAAAAGGAAAUAUGAUAAACCAUUUAAUGAGGGUUUAAAUAUAAUCCAGUAUGGUCAGGAGUUUCAGAAUUAAAUGUUAAAUCAUAUAAGAAAAAUAGAUGAACUGCAGCACAAAUUCAUUGCAUUGCCACAGAAUUUGAUCUUUGUAAAAUGCAAUCCAGGCAGGAUUAACAGUCACCACUUCUUACUGAAUGAGAAAUUGUUUUCUACCAAAGGUACAUAAAUUUAUCUCAGGCUACAUACUUUUCAAGUUUAGAUGAAGCAAAUCAGUCUUUACACACUAGGGGCAAUUCUGCAUUGUAUUAUAGAAGACACCAAGUUCGAAACUGAAUAUAUAUUAGUUAAUUUGGCUUCACUGUUAAGUAUGGAACCAAAAACAUAACUGCAUAAUUACAAUGGGUUGUAUAAGACCCUUCCAUUCAGAGCAGGAAAUGAAAGCUAACACCACCUCCUGCCAGAAGGGAGAAUGGGAGAUGUAAUUUUAUUUGAAUUUCUUUUUUUCCCCCGAACUUGAGUUUGCCACCUCCCCUUAUAUUUAAAGGCCUCUACUCUCCAGAGCCCCUUCUCAAGAGACCACAACAAGCACUGGAGAAAAAUGCUCCCCCUCCUAUUCCACUCAUAAGGAAAUCUAAGAUGUAUCUGGAGUUGGAUGGGAGGCAGAGAAGGAACCAAUUAUUCAGUAACAUUCACUUGAAUGGAAGUUCAGCUAUCAGUGCAAUACAAAUCCUGCUUUUUCCUGAAUUGUAUUGAUAACUGCUCAAGCAAAUAGAAAUCCAGAUUCUGUCAAACAUCUGAAGGUUUUUUUUUCAUUAACAGACAGCUAGCCUUACUCUAGAAUCAAGACUAUCACAUUCUGAGAUACUCUUCUUUACAAAGAAAAUCCCUUUAUUCUUUGUUAAAAACACACCGAACUACCUUUGUGAACAGUACAAAAUUAGACAGAAGUUAGCCUAUUAUGCUUUGGUGCAGUGUAGUUUUUGAGAACUUUGUCUUCUAAUCAGAUAGUAUUUACUCUGUUGGUAUCUUCUAUUUAUGUAUUUAGAGUUCUCCAAUACUGCCUGCAAUUAUCAAUAAUCUUAAAAACCUUUCAGCCAACAAAUAAUUCUAUUGUCUAUGUCACUCGUGUCUACUCUCAAAUGUAGUUUCAGAAGGUUCUAAUA